GUCUGCAAUAACUAUAGCCAACCACCUGGCUUCUUACACAGUUACAAUUCUAAAAUAUCCAAAUCACUCAAACAAAACAAACACAUGCUCACACUCUGCCUGUUACCUUAAUUUUUUGUUCAAUUGAAACCAAUCAUGCUGCCCUCUAUAUAUAACACCUUACUCUUCACUCUCUUAAAACUUAACACCAACUCUAUCUUGAGCACCCUCCUUCCAUCUCAAAACCUCUUUCAUAUUUCUCCAAUACAUACAUAUGUAUACAAGUAACAACGGGGAGGGGCGGUUAGCGGCGAGUUGCCCAAAAAAACCAGCAGGGAGGAAGAAGUUUAAGGAGACUCGCCACCCGGUGUAUAGAGGUGUGAGGAAGAGGAACUUAGAUAAAUGGGUGUGUGAAAUGAGGGAACCAAAUAAGAAGACUAGGAUUUGGCUAGGGACUUUUGCAACAGCCGAGAUGGCUGCCCGUGCACACGACGUUGCAGCAAUUGCAUUGAGGGGCCGCUACGCCUGUCUCAACUUUGCAGACUCGGCGUGGAAGCUUCCUAUUCCUGCCUCCGCUGAAGCAAAAGACAUUCAAAGGGCAGCUGGAGAAGCCGCUGAGGCUUUCAGACCAGACAAGACUUUAAUGACUACUGGCAUUGACACGGUUGUGGCUGUUGUCGUUGCGGUGGAAGAAGAGGAAGAAGUGUUGAAUAUGUUUUGUGUGGAAGUCGAAAAAGAAGAGGAAGUGUUGAAUAUGCAAGAGUUGUGGAAAAAUAUGGCACUAAUGUCCCCUACACAUAGUUUUGAGCAUGAGUAUGAAGAUUUUGAUGUACAAUUUCAAGAUGAAGAGACAUUAGUGUUCUCUAUACUCUUUCUCUUUCAAGAGCACCAUCAUGUGUGAGAUAUUUAAAAGCCACUCUCCACUGAGGAAAAUAAGUUGGCAUGAUUCACAUUUCAGAUUUCUUAAUAUUUAUGUGAUAGAAUAUGAGAGAGAAUAUUCAUCUUGCUUUCUGGUUGAAUAAUCAUGUCUGUGUGUAUAAGUCUGUCUUAACGGCCAAGCUUAAGCCUAUCUUGACUACCAA